UGCAAAAAAAAAAAGUUUGAUGUAACGCCACGCUCGAUAAUGACAUGACCAGAAGUGAUUCCAGUUCGUGUAACGUUUGACGUUGACAGUGUUGUGUGUUUUGGUCCCACGAGAAUAAACAGGCCUAAACAGUCUGGGCUCAAUAUGCUAAUGGGCUUUAACCAUGGGAUUCUGUAUUAACGCGGCGUGCAUAGGGCUUUUGCUGCAGUAAAACGGCGUCGUUUAGAUUUUCACACACUCCUCCGAAGCUUCAGGCGUCGUCGAGGCUGAGGUUUACGGGUUUAGAUUCAGACAUCUUCUUCUUGUUUGUCCUGUCUAAUCAAAUUUAGUCUUCCACCUGUUCCGUUCUGAUCAGGGUGUACUAAGCUCAAAAGUCACAAGUGAUUGAAACAAUGGGCUUGUUGAAGAAAAAGGAUUCAACUUCAACUCGCUCCUCUACCUCUCCCUGCGCAGAUUUGCGAACUGCUUACCACAACUGCUUCAAUAAAUGGUACUCAGAGAAGUUUGUUAAAGGGCAAUGGGAUAAAGAAGAGUGUGUUGCUGAGUGGAAUAAGUACAGAGAAUGUCUCUCGGAGAAUUUAGAUGGUAAAAUUCUCACUCGCAUGUUGGAGGUUGAUAGUGAGCUGAAUCCAACAAAGCAAGCUGAUUCAAAAGAAUCCAGUCGAUGAUGAUACAUGACCACUUAAUGUUUCUCAGUGACAUUGUCUCUUUGAAACAGCUCCAUUGAGCAACUCUUUUUUUAUAGGAAAGCAUACAAGUACUAAUCAAAGUAGAAGGAGAAUGUUGUAUUCUUUAUUUGACCCACACAGCCUCAAAAAUAAAAUCACUUCCUGAUUA